AUGGUCGGCUUCAGCCACCGUUAUGGUUCUGACCAUGGUGACGCCGCGACGCCUCCGUUCGCGAAUGAUGAAGAGGGCCUAGAGGAUCGGUCCGACGUUCCUGGUAGUGCUAGCAAGAGUACUCGAACCAAGACCACCAGAAGGAAUCUGAAGCGGGUUCCAGGCGCAAACAACAAGAUGAUCGUCGAGCGCAAGAUCAAGGUUGUCACGGAGCAACACAACAUCAACAAGCCCGCGGCCCAGGAGGGCUAUCCUAUGAAGGAGUGGACAGUCGAGCUCUACAUUCUCGACCAGGAUGGCAAGGAGAGACCCGCCAGGUGCUUCACCAAGGUGACCUACAACCUCCAUCCUUCGUUCGCGAACCCCAUUCAGACCUUCAACGACCCGCCUUUCAAAUGCACUAAUGAGGGUUGGGGUGAGUUCGAGAUGACCAUCGACAUGUACACCACCGAGAAGGGCGGCAAGAUCUCGAUCGCGCACGACCUAAACUUCCAGCAAUCCGAGUACGAGAACAUCCACACUGUCACCUUCCGCAACCCAUCCCAGGCGCUCCAGCAGCUCCUUAGGGAGACUGGCCCCUUGCCCUCGGACGAGGAGCGCAAGCAGAAGAAGGCGGUCGACGGCGGAUCCAAGAAGAAGAGGCCCUACGACAUCGAGCGCAUGGCGGAUGGCUUGACGAAGCUGGGUGAGGAUGACCUCCUCCAGGUUAUUCAGAUGAUCCACGACCAUAAGGAUGAUAAUACCUAUAUCCAGAACAACCUUGAUGCUGGCGAGUUCUCAGUGGAUCUCUACACUCUCCCUGAUAACCUCAUGAAGAUGCUGUGGGACUUCUUGAUUAAGGCCAACGUAGUCUCAUAG